AUGGCAGUUCUUCAGGUCUCAAUGGGAUGUGUUUUGGGGCAACUUGAUGAUUCUGGCAAGAAAGAAAGGGCUAUUUACUAUCUGAGCAAAAAGUUCAAUGAUUGUGAAGCUCGAUAUUCAUUUGUUGAAAGAACUUGUUGUGCACUAGCAUGGACUGCUAAUCGCCUCAAGCAUUAUAUGUUAAAUUACAAGACCUGGCUCAUUUCCAUAAUGGAUCCAAUCAAGUAUGUGUUUGAAAGUCCAUAUCUACUAGGGAGAAUAGCCAAAUGGCAAGUCAUACUAUCCCAAUAUGAUAUCGUCUAUAUGACCAGAAAGGUUGUAAAGGGAAGUAUUAUAGCAGAUCUCUUAGCAAAAAAUCCAAUUGAGGAAUAUGAAGCUUUGGAUUUUGAAUUCCCGGAUGAGUAUGUAAAUACAGUGGAGGAAGAAAUGGGAGAGCAGAGUGACGUCUGGCAAAUGUAUUUUGAUGGAGCAGUCAAUUUAUCAGGUAGUGGAAUCGGAUCAGUCUUGGUAUCUCCUGAUGGAAAACAUUUCCCAAUUGCAGUAAAGUUAAAAUUUGAAUGUACAAAUAAUGUCGCUGAAUAUGAAGCUUGUGUGAGUGGUUUACAAGCAGCCAUUGAAAUGAAAAUCAAGAAGUUAGAAGUAUAUGGUGACUCAGCUUUAAUAAUUUAUCAAGUGAAAGGGGAAUGGCAGACUCGAGAUCCGAAGUUGAUUCCAUACCAGAAAUAUCUCAUUGAAUUAAUUAAGAAAUUUGAUGAGAUUACUUUUACUCAUUUAAGUCGUGACAAGAAUCAGUUCGCCAAUGCUCUAGCAACACUAGCUGUCAUGGCACAAAUUGAGGAAGGUAAAGGAGUACAUAUUCUUCUUAUAAAGGCCAGAUAUAACCCUACUUAUUGCUUAAUGAUCGAAGAAGAAGUGGAUGGGAAGCCCUAG